UGUUACAGGUACCCAGCCACCUGUGAUGUUAAUCAACCCACCUACCCAGGUACUGCUUAAAGAAUUUGAGACUGUGGUAGUUCCAUGCAAGGCCAGUGGUGAACCACAACCAACGUACACGUGGAAAAAGAACAAAAAAGACUUCAACAUGGCUGGCAGACAUGGCAGACAUAUCCUCACCGUACCACACGAGGGAACACUUGUGUUCAAGCAACCCAAAAGGAAAGACGCUGGCAUAUAUCAGUGCUUUGCAAACAACUCUUAUGGAGUGGCCAUUUCAGGCAUUGUUGAACUACGUUUUGCAUUCCUGAAUCCAUACACCGUUUCGAUACUAAAGACCAUCACUGCAUUACCAGGGGCAUCUCUCCUCCUCUCUUGUAACAAGCCAACCAGUUACCCUGAGGCCAAUGUGUCGUGGUUAUUGAAACACAAUAAUGGGUCAACCAAGGCCUUUAACUUCACUGAACGAAUCCUAAUGGAUCACGAAGCCAACCUUGUCUUUGUUAAUGUACAAGAAGAAGACUCCUACAAAGACACUGCCUAUGUUUGUGUGGCUUCCAAUAUGUUUGCACGAGCAUUCACAGUGGGUAAACCCAUUUUUUUGAAAACCUUACCAGAGCAGCCAAAAGACCACCAGCUUCAUAUCCUCAGUGCUAGCCCUAACGAGAUGGUCUUUCUGAAGGGAGACACAGUGAAGCUGGAGUGUAUAUUCGGUGGACA